GGAUAUCAAUACAAUUAUCAAAUCCAAGAUGUUCUAAUUAAUGUGCUCUGCUUCAUUCCAGAUUCUGUAAGCACAAAGAUCAUUCGCAAGUCCAAAUAUAUCAUCACCCUGAAGUGAAAUUGUUCAACCUAAACUAAUAGAGAACCUAAACUAAUAGAGAACCUUGCAGAAAUACUAUAUUCUUCUCCUCAUCUAUACACACGUUCAUCACACCACUUCUAAGUGAUGUCACACAAGAAUUUAGAUUACUUUUUCUUCAGCAGCUCGUGCCAAUAAGAAGCCAAUGCACAAUGAGCAAUUCUACAAACAAGAUCCUCUGGAACUCCCAGGUCUUGUAACAAUUACUCUGCAAAUUCAUUUUGGUAUCUCAUUAAUUUGUGGUUGUAAUCCUGCAACUGCAUCCCCGGAUUGGAGCACAACAAUGAGGUCAUCCUUGUCAGUCUUCUUUAUCUCAACCACACAUGUUUUUUCAAACUUUUUCUCAAUUGUUGGGAGCUCAGAUAAGAUGGUCUCCAAAAUAUGGAUAAUUGGAAAGUUUAACUCAAUAGAGAACCGUCCAUCCUUUUUUCAGAACUCUUUUAGCAGUUAAAAUCCCAGAUAAGGUACAUAACUCAAUAACAUCAGUUUUGGCGAAGCCAUUAACAAAUACUCCGUACUACGUAGGAAAUAAGCACCUGGUAGAGUGGCAUGUCCGCAGAUCUGUCUUGGCAACGAGAGUGAACCAGAAACGUGGAGCUGUGAGGCUCCGAGUUAGUGAUUCGAGUCAGGUAACAAGUCUCGGAAAUGUUGAAUUCCCCAGCAACAGCUUGUAGCCACUCAUCGUCUCUUCCAUCUUUUAACAAACAAAUAGCCGCCAGAUUUCCUUUGAGAGGCAAGUCCGUAAACGCGCCCACCACACAGUUUUGCGGGCAUCUUCUCCACCGCGAGGACGGGCCGAGAAAGGAAUGAGUGGCCGCUGGCCGGCUCAGGAGAGCUCAUUCUUUUUUCCUAAUUGAUGCAUCCCAGGACAAAAUUCGGAUGACCACGGUUAGGGGCUGGUGGCAGUCGAAAU